AAGCUACAACGCCCCACCCAUUUGCAAUGUCUUCGCCGAAAAUUUGGUUCAUCACUGGCGCGUCGUCCGGGUUUGGACGACUCCUCGCAGAGAUCAUUCUGGAGAAAGGCGAGAUCGUAAUCGCAACUGCGCGCCGCCCUUCCGCACUCGAUGCGCUCACCUCUCAGUACCCUGCGGAACGGCUGCUCGUCCUCCCACUCGACGUGAACAAGCCCGAGGAGAUCAUUGACGCCUUCGCGCGCGCUCGGACUGCAUUCGGGCGCAUCGACGUCGUCGUGAACAACGCCGCGUACGGUGUGCUGGGCGAAGUCGAGGCGGUCCGCGAGGAAGAUGCGCGCGCGAUGUUCGAGACGAACUUCUGGGGUGCGAUGCACGUCACGCGCGAGGCCGUCAAGUUCUUCCGCGAGGUGAAUGGGCCCGCUGUGGGCGGACGGCUUCUGCAGGUGUCUUCUAUUACUGGCAUCAUGGGCGGGCCGGGUCUCGGAUUCUACUCUGCGACCAAGUGCGCUCUUGAGGGCCUGACGGAGUCGUUGGCGGCCGAGAUUGACCCCGCUUGGAACAUCAAGAUCACCAUGAUUGAGCCCGCCGGGUUCGCCACCGGAGGCCAAAGCAAGGUCAUCUGGGGCACCCCGCACCCGGCCUACAGCAACGCGCAGCUCCCCGCGACGCAGAUGCGGAACAACUUCACGAAACACGGGCCCGAUGGCGAUGCACGGAAGGGCGCGGAGGCGUUCUACAAGAUUGCGCUCGUGGACGACCCGCCGCUGCACUUCCCCAUCGGGGAGAAGGCGGUCUUCUUCACGAAGAAGAAGGCGGAGUCGCUGCUUGCGGAUACGACGAAGUACGAGUCGUGGUCGACGGAUAUGAAGGUUCAGCAGUGAUGGGGUGUUCACCGCAGCCGAAAUGCAGUUGUUAGAUACGCAUGAGCGCAAUGGCCACACCAACGUGCUUGUUACCUUUGACGGCUAUGG